AAACAGGACUUUAGGUGAUGUCUUGAAUUGAAAAUACAUUUUCUUACCUAAAGUCAUUUUUUAAAAAUAAAUCAUAACAACUUGCAUGAUAAAUAAGUUUUGAAACUACUUAGGUUUGGUAGAAACUCCUACUUUUAUAUUGUAUUCACAACAUUUACCCUCAUACAAUAGGAAUAGGUGUUGAUUUUUUACCUUAAUUUCUAUACAGUAUAAAGAUGGACAAUUUCAAUGAUGAUGGUGAUUAUGAUAAUGAUGGUGAUUAUGAUAAUGAUGACAAUGUCGUUGGAUCUUCACAACAACCAAAUCACCCGUAUGGGAAUCCCUACUUAAUGGCAGCAGCAGUGGUAGGAACAAUUUAUGCAGAAAAUUACCUAAAUAAACAACCAUGUAGGACAUCUGCUCUCACAGGAUAUCAAUGGAUGUUAGAAUUGCAACAUGGUAAUGCUACAAGAAUAUAUGAAAAUUUUAGAAUGGACAGGGAUGCUUUUUAUCAAUUGUGCAAUUUAUUAGAGACUAACUAUGAACUACAAAGUGGGGAAAAAGUUGGGGUUCAACAACAAGUUGCUAUUUUUGUAUUUAUUGUUGGUCAACAUGCAAACAAUAGAAAUGCUCAAGAAAGAUUUCAAUUAUCGGGUGAAACUAUUUCAAAAUACUUCCACUCUGUUUUAAAAGCGUGUGUGAAAAUGUCCGUGGAUUGGGUGAAGCCUUGGCAGAGAAAUGGGGUUCAUCCGUACAUAAAGAAUAGUCGAAAAUAUUACCCUCAUUUUAAGAAUUGCAUUGGGGCAAUUGAUGGAACACAUAUCAAAGCUCAUGUGGAAGCAGAAUACUUACCCCGUUUCAUAGGUAAGAAGGGAUAUGCUACACAAAACAUAUUGGCAGUGUGUGACUUUGACAUGUGUUUCACAUUUUGCUUGCCUGGUUGGGAGGGAAGUGCACAUGACAUGCGAAUUUUUUGGGAUACAAUUAGGAAUCCAAACAAUAAUUUUCCAUAUCCAGAAGGAGAUGAGUAUUAUUUGGUUGAUUCUGGCUAUCCAAACACAAAGGGUUAUCUUGCGCCGUACAAAGGGGAGAGAUAUCAUUUAGCUCAAUUUGACCAUCGGCCUCCUCAAACUGCACAUGAAAAAUUCAACAAAACACAUUCAUCACUCAGGAGCAUAAUAGAAAGAUCAUUUGGUGUUUGGAAAGCAAGAUGGCCUUUUAUGAAAGAUAUUCCAUGCAAUUAUAAUUUUGUUUGUCAACGACAAUUUGUUUGUGCUACUAUGGCGAUCCACAACUUCAUUAGACGAACUAAGUUAAGGGAUAUUCCAUUUGACUCUUAUGAUAAACAUAUUGAGUAUGUCCCUGUUGACGAGGAAGCAGUGGUAGGGGAAGACCGACAUGGGCAUCCGGUUCGUAAUGAUGAUUAUGAGAUGGAUUCAAGAAGAUAUGAGAUUUUAAUGUCAAUUUCUCAAGGAAAUAAUUAUUAAAAUAUAAUAAAUUUAUUUUUGUGUAAUAUUUAUUUCAUUGUAUUAUUAUUUAAAAAUGAUAGGGUUAUGUUAA